AUGACGUCGUCCUCAUCCUCCUCACAACUUCCGGCGGAUAAUAAGGUGGUAAUGUUCGUGAAGAGGCCAGGUGAGAAUAAUCCUCCGACGGUCGACUGUUUCGAUGUCAUUCCGAUUGAUUCUCCAUCCGAAAGUGACAUCACUUCUGAGCAGUGCAUCGUUCGAAUUCUCUUUUUAUCGGUUGACCCAGCACAAAGGUGUCGGAUGAACACAUCGACUGGCGUUGAUUAUCUAGGACCUUACGAAAUUGGGGAGCCUGUCGAUGGGAUGGAAGGAGUCGGAAUAGUGGAAAGAGCAGGAUCUGCAAGUACUCUUCAAGUGGGAGAUCUAGUCACUGGGUGCAUUCGGCUGUGGACGUGGACCAAAUAUUUUGUAGUUGACAGCACUGACCUCGUCAAAGUGAAUCUUCCUUCAACCUUCUCCCCAUCCGUCAUCCUUUCCUGUGCUGGGCUUUCCGGUAUUACCGCUUUACUCGGAAUUCGAAAGAAGGCAAAGAUCGACAGAACCCGUCCGCAAACAAUUGUAGUCUCAGGGGCAGCUGGAAGUUGUGGAUCGCUAGCAGGUCAGAUUGCGAGGAUAGAAGGAUGUACGACGAUCAUAGGAAUCUGCGGAUCGGAUGAGAAAUGUAAAGUUCUGAAGGAGGAAUUCGGAUUCGAUGCUGCCAUCAACUACAAAACAGAGAUCAUAUCUGAACGAUUGGAUCGAUUAGCACCCGAUGGUGUCGAUAUUUAUUGGGAUAACGUUGGUGGAAGAGUUUCAGAUGAAGUUAUCGAAAUGAUGAACCCCAAUAGUCGAAUUGUGCUCUGCGGCCAAAUAGCUGUCUACAAUACUGACCUCCCAUAUCCUCCUCCACUUCCUGACCACACUGUUCAAAUUCUGAAGGAAAGGAAUAUUGAAAGAGAGAGAUAUCUGGUGUUGACAUAUAAAGAUGAAAUGGAUGAAGCCAUUGCUCAAUUGUCGGAGUGGCUGCAACAGGAUAGGAUCAAGGUGAAGGAAACUAUCUACGACGGUCUUGCUUCUGCACCACACGCAUUUGUCGAUAUGAUGACUGGCAAGAACAUUGGCAAAAUGCUAAUUCGUCCAUAA